UCUCUCGCGCACGCGCUUUAACUGCAGGUGCGCCCACGUUCCUUCUUCGUGUGCUUCCUUUGUCUGUGACUUCCUCUGCAUAUCCUCGAUUGCGAGCACCCACCGGCCUGCAAGAGCUGCUUGUUGAGCUUCACCGUCACCAUGCCUGGCGUUCCUCUCGACGCGGUCGACAAGGCCAAGGCCGUCUUCAAGAACAUCUUCGGCAGCAAGAAGAAGAACAAGAAGGACCAGACGACGCCCACCGCUGCUACUCCCGCCGAGCCGUCUAACCCCACCACGAAGCCCACCGAGACGAUCACGGCCGCUGAGCCUGCUCCCGCCACCGCCCCCGAGACCGUGCCUACGGCAUCGAAGAGCGACGCCCCGGCUGCCCCGGCGCCGGCAGCUGCUCCUGCGCCUGUCGCCGCUGAAGGUGAAGACAAGAAAGCAGAGCAGGCCGCCCUCGCCGAGGUGAAGAAGGCGACUCAAACUCCCGAGCCUGCGGGUGCCACCGCUCCUGCGCCGCCAACCGCCACCGCCGCCCAGGAGCCCGCUGCUCCCACCGCAACUGAGCCUGCGGCUACCGAGGCCAAGGCGACCGACGCUCCCGCCCCAGCUGCACAAGAACCACUCCCCGAAGUCCCGGCUGCUAAGCAUGCCCCGGGUAUGAGUGCAACCAGCGGUCCCUUGAGCGACGAGCCCGAUUUCGGCGCCCCGGAGGAGACUGCGGCAUCUGCCCCGGCUGCUACUGUUCCAACCACGGAGACGGCUCCUGCCGCCGCUGCUCCUACCGAGAAGAAGGAGUGAUUCCAUGGAACGUGCGAAUUCUUUGUAGACACAAUGUGCGGGCAGCAGGUAAUGGAGGAAGUUUUUCUUUUUUGUUUUUCUCUUAUUUUUCCCCCUCUCCAGUGCUUUCUCGUUUGCAUAUCACUGUUGUGCGGGAGAGAGAAAUACACCCAAAGGUUUUGUCUCCUUCCGCACACAAUCCUAUACCCCGGGGCUGCUGUUAGCAAGCGACUAGUCAAUACUUCAUUGCGGAUAUAUAAGGAGUUUGAAAAUCGAGACUAGUAUUCUAACG